GAGGAGAAGGAGGAGGAGGUGGUGGAAGAGAAGAGAGAGAGGAGCUGAUAGCGGAGAAGAAGAAUACAAAACAGUGACGAAAGUAUAGAGAAGAAAAGCGAGAGACGGUGGUUAAGAGAAAAUCGUCCGAGAGCAAAGGGCGCCUCGAACAGCCCGUAGCCGUCGCCAUCGUCGUCCGAACCUGAGGGAGACUCAGGGGUAACGGAAGUCCGAGUGAAGAUCGAAUAAAGAGUCGUCCACGCGCGCGAUACACGCGCACCUACGCACCUAUGCACACGCCAAAGGGGUAGGAUAUCGCGCGAGAAGGAAUCCCACGAGAAGCGCCACGUCGUCGUCGUCGUCGUCGUCGUGGUAGUGGUGGUGGUGGUAGUGGUGGUUGUCGUCGUCGUCGGUUGUUCUUCUUCUAUAUCGUCGGCCGGUGUGAAAGUGUAUCAUCUCAGUGUCGUCGCACGGUGCUCGAUUGUGCUACCUUUACCCCGAGGUUGAACGAGCAAGGCCCGCGGAGGUAUCCCAGCACCCGCCCCCUCUUCCCUCGACGUCGCAGUGCCUCUUCUCUCCAUAACGCUACGCUAGCUGCGUCUAUCUAUUUUACGUUCGCAGCGGUGACUAUCUACGCUAGUGGAGAGUGUUCGACCUCCUCAACCAUCAGAAUCGACCGAGACUCGAAGACCAGACUAUGUUAUUUCGGAUAACGGAUUGAUCGCACCCGUCGCUUCAUUCACACGUCGGACAUGAAAAAUCUUGGUUCGCGUUGGACGGUCCCCGACAUAGCACGCACUGCCGCAGCGCGUUCGUCAUUUCUCGUCGCCAUUUCGUUGGAACGAGAUUCAGGUAGCAGCAGCAGCAGCAGCAGCAGUAUCAACAAUAAAAGGAGCAUUCGCAACAGGAACAAAGUUAGAAGUAGCGUUAGUACCAGCGGCAGUAACGGCAUCAGCGGCGGCGACAGCAGCAGCAGCAGCAGCAGUAGUAAUAUCUGCGUGACGGCGAUCGAUAAGAAAACGAGAGAAAGUCAGAGCAACAGCGGCAGAUCGGCACUCGAGGUGCUGCACGGAGCGCUCUUUUCCGUCCGACCGUACGUUACGGCGUCGUGUGAUCGGAUCGUCGGCACGACGCGCCCAGAAUCGACGCCCAGGAACCGGCCGGUAGCCGGCAAGUCGCGCCGCUCUCAGCACCGGACUCGUCCCUGUCAGCCGCAGCAGCCACUCUACUACCCCCCCGCAUCGUGGGUCACACGCACACCACACCUCGGGAACUGUUAGCACCGAUCAAAAGAAGGUGGCUCAGCUGUGCGCAGCCUAGACAAUGUCCGAAGAUUCUGACUCUAUAUCAGAGGAAGAAAGAAGUUUGUUCCGUCCGUUCACGCGGGAGUCCCUGGCAGCGAUCGAGGCUCGCAUCGCCGAGGAACAUGCCAAGCAGAAGGAGCUCGAGAAGAAGAGAGCGGAAGGCGAGGGAGGUUUUGGACGGAAGAAAAAGAAAAAAGAAGUACGGUAUGACGACGAGGACGAGGACGAAGGUCCUCAGCCGGACCCGAUGUUCGAGCAGGGAGGGCCGCUCCCGGUCCGACUGCACAACGAAUUUCCACCCGAGUUGGCCUCCACACCUCUCGAGGAUAUCGAUAGCUUCUACCACAAUCAAAGGACCUUCGUUGUCAUUAGCAAGGGAAAGGACAUAUUCAGGUUCUCAGCGACGAACGCGAUGUGGAUCCUCGACCCGUUCAACCCUAUACGACGUGUGGCCAUUUACAUAUUGGUCCACCCGCUCUUUUCUCUCUUCAUCAUCACCACGAUAUUGGUUAACUGUAUACUCAUGAUCAUGCCCACCACGCCCACCAUCGAGUCCACCGAAGUGAUAUUUACGGGCAUCUACACAUUUGAGUCCGCCGUUAAGGUGAUGGCGAGGGGUUUCAUUCUGCAGCGUUUUACCUAUCUUAGAGAUGCAUGGAAUUGGCUCGACUUUGUAGUUAUAACUUUAGCUUAUGUGACGAUGGGCAUAGAUCUAGGCAACCUUGCCGCUCUCAGGACAUUUCGAGUCCUCCGAGCCUUGAAGACUGUCGCUAUUGUACCAGGUUUGAAAACCAUUGUCGGCGCUGUGAUAGAAUCCGUGAAGAACCUGCGCGAUGUGAUAAUCCUGACGAUGUUCUCCCUCUCCGUCUUUGCGCUGAUGGGCCUUCAGAUUUAUAUGGGGGUCCUCACGCAAAAGUGUAUAAAGAACUUUCCUGAGGACGGCUCCUGGGGCAAUCUCACACACGAGAAUUGGGAGCGAUUCGUUAGUAAUGAUACUAAUUGGUACGUGGACGAGGCUAAAAAUAUGCCCUUAUGCGGAAAUUCAUCGGGGGCAGGGCAGUGCCUUCCCGGCUACACAUGUUUACAAGGGUACGGCGAUAAUCCAAAUUACGGCUACACGAGCUUCGACACAUUCGGGUGGGCAUUGCUCUCCGCCUUUCGUCUUAUGACUCAGGAUUAUUGGGAAAAUCUCUAUCAACUGGUGCUGAGAUCGGCCGGACCGUGGCACAUGCUCUUCUUCAUCGUCAUCAUUUUCCUUGGAUCCUUCUAUCUCGUGAAUUUGAUCCUCGCCAUUGUCGCGAUGUCAUACGACGAGUUGCAAAAGAAGGCUGAAGAGGAGGAAGCCGCCGAGGAGGAAGCCAUGAGGGAAGCUGAGGAGGCCGCAUUGGCGAAAGAGAACAAGCUCGCGGCGCAAGCUGCGGCGCGGGAAGCCGCGGCCGCGGCAGCGGUCGCCGCCGCGGAGCAGAUCGUCAAGUCGCCGUCGGACUUUUCGUGUCACAGCUACGAGCUGUUCGUCGGCCAGGAGAAAGGCAACGACGACAACAACAAGGAGAAAAUGAGCAUACGCUCGAUCGAGUCCGCGAGCGAUCAGAGGCAUAAACAAAUCAACAACAACCACAGCGCUGCCAAUAAAGUGCGAAAAGUCAGCGCCGUCCCUCGCGCCGCUAAUGGCCAGUUUACUUAUGCCUACCAGGAAAGUCUGCGGAAGGCGAGCCUGAGCCUACCCGGCUCACCGUUCAAUAUACGUCGCAGCAGCCGCGGCAGCCACCAGUUCACGAUACGCAAUGGCCGUGGCCGAUUCGUCCCGCCGGGCGGCGACCGGAAGCCCUUGGUGCUCUCCACGUACUUGGACGCUCAAGAACACCUGCCCUACGCCGACGACUCGAACGCGGUCACGCCGAUGUCCGAGGAGAACGGCACGAUCGUGGUGCCGGUGUACUACGCGGCGAACCUCGGCUCGCGCCACUCAUCCUACACCUCGCACGCCUCGCGGCUCUCCUACACGUCCCACGCCGACCUGGCCUUCGGUAACAUCCGCGGCAUCGACAGCAUCGGCAAGCCGAUCACCAAGCAAGAGCAGAUACUCAGGAACCGGACCAACAAGCAGACUACACCCGCCAACGGUCACGUUACGGACAGCAACCAGAAGUUCUAUCAUCAUGAAACCGAUCUGGAGGAUCCCAUGGGCAAGACCAAGCAACAAGACAAUCCGUUCAUCGAGCCGUCUCAACAGCACGCAGUGGUCGACAUGAGGGAUGUGAUGGUGCUGAAUGACAUCAUCGAGCAAGCCGCCGGUCGCCAGAGCCAGACGCCGGAACAAGGAGUUUCGACCUAUUACUUUCCGACAGACGACGAUGAAGAAGGGCCUACGAUGAAGGACAAGUUAUUGGCCGGAAUGUACCGUUGUAUCGACAUUUUUUGCGUCUGGGACUGCUGUUGGCUCUGGCUCGAGUUUCAAAAGUACGUGUCCUUGUUGGUCUUUGAUCCGUUCGUAGAGCUCUUCAUUACACUUUGCAUCGUCGUCAAUACGCUCUUUAUGGCGUUGGAUCACCAUGACAUGGACAAAGACAUGGAGAGGGUACUCAAAACUGGCAAUUACUUCUUCACGGCGACAUUCGGUAUCGAAGCGACACUGAAGCUAAUAGCGAUGAGUCCGAAGUUUUAUUUUCAAGAGGGCUGGAACAUCUUCGACUUCAUCAUCGUUGUGCUCUCGCUCGUGGAACUGGGUCUGGAAGGUGUGCAGGGCCUGUCGGUGUUGCGAUCCUUCAGAUUGCUGAGAGUGUUCAAGCUAGCUAAAUCGUGGCCUACGUUGAAUCUGCUGAUCUCCAUCAUGGGCAGAACGGUGGGCGCGUUGGGUAAUCUGACAUUCGUGUUGUGCAUCAUUAUCUUCAUAUUCGCUGUGAUGGGCAUGCAGCUGUUCGGCAAGAACUAUACUGACAACGUCGACCUAUUCCCGGACGGCGAUCUGCCCAGGUGGAAUUUCACCGAUUUCAUGCACUCCUUCAUGAUUGUGUUUCGGGUGUUGUGCGGAGAAUGGAUCGAGUCCAUGUGGGACUGCAUGCUGGUCGGCGACGUCUCUUGCAUUCCGUUCUUCUUGGCCACCGUUGUCAUCGGUAACUUGGUCGUGCUGAAUCUCUUCUUAGCUCUGUUGCUGAGCAACUUCGGCUCGUCGAAUCUUUCGGCCCCGUCUGCGGACAACGAUACCAACAAGAUCGCGGAGGCGAUCGAUCGAAUAGCACGUUUCAUUAAGUGGAUCAAGCGAAAUGUUCUUUACAUUGCUAAGUUGAUGCGAGCCAAAUUCACCAAUCAGAUAUCCGAUCAGGCGCCAGGUGAGGGACCGUCCAACAGUUGGAAAGAAGAUGGAAUUGAUCGCGAUGGGGACCUAGAUCUUGCAGAUGGAGAAUUGGACGCAUACAGAGACAAGAAGAGCGCCAAAGAACUCAACCAGCUUGAAGUUGCCAUUGGUGAUGGGAUGGAGUUCACCAUUCAUGGAGAUUUGAAGAACAAGCUGAAGAAAGGCAAGCUGUGCAUGAACAAUACGAAGGUUAUCGCGAACUCGAUAAACCAUCACGAUUAUAGGCUAGACAACGAUUACAUUAAUCAGAACGAGGACGACACGAUCAGCAACAAAUCAUACGGCAGUCACAAAAAUCGGGCAUUCAAGGACGAGAGUCACAAGGGCAGCAUGGAUUCGCUGAAUGGCGAGGAGAAGAAAGAUGCGAGCAAAGAGGACUUGGAACAAGAAGAAGAUUUGGAAGACGAGGGUGAGGAAGGAGAGGAACUCGACGGCGAGAUCAUACACGCGGACGAGGACCCGAUCCAGUCCAAUUAUCCCACCGAUUGCUGCCCGGAAAAUUGUUACAAGAAGUUUCCAUUUCUGGCUGGUGACGACGACGCACCGUUUUGGCAGGGCUGGGCGAAUCUGAGAUUAAAGACCUUCCAGCUGAUCGAGAACAAAUACUUCGAGACUGCCGUCAUCACCAUGAUCCUUCUGAGUAGCUUGGCCUUGGCCUUGGAAGACGUUCAUCUUCAACAACGACCUAUCCUGCAGGACAUAUUAUAUUACAUGGACCGAAUAUUCACUGUGAUCUUCUUCCUCGAGAUGUUGAUCAAGUGGCUCGCUCUAGGAUUUAAGAAGUAUUUCACGAACGCCUGGUGCUGGCUCGACUUUAUCAUCGUCAUGGUAUCGCUCAUUAACUUCGUAGCGUCGCUCGUCGGCGCUGGCGGGAUUCAAGCCUUCAAAACAAUGCGGACCCUAAGGGCCCUAAGGCCGCUCAGGGCGAUGUCUAGAAUGCAGGGGAUGCGGGUAGUCGUUAACGCCUUGGUCCAAGCCAUUCCAUCCAUCUUCAACGUGUUGCUGGUAUGCCUUAUUUUCUGGCUUAUAUUCGCUAUCAUGGGAGUGCAGCUGUUCGCUGGCAAAUAUUACAAGGUAAGACUCCGACUGGGACGACCGUUACUUUCCAAGGCACGUUAUCCAAGAUCCACGACACUCGAAGGGAGAUUUCAUCACGCACGACUAAUGUUGCAGUGUGUCGACGCGAACAAGACGACGCUCAGCUUCGAGAUAAUACCUGACCGUAACGCCUGCUACGCUGAGAAUUACACGUGGGAGAAUUCGCCGAUGAACUUCGACCACGUCGGCAAGGCGUAUCUGUGCCUGUUCCAAGUGGCGACUUUCAAAGGGUGGAUCCAGAUCAUGAACGACGCGAUCGAUUCCAGGGAGAUCAACAAGCAGCCGAUUCGCGAGACGAACAUUUACAUGUAUCUCUACUUCGUGUUCUUCAUUAUAUUUGGAUCGUUUUUUACCCUCAACCUGUUCAUCGGUGUGAUCAUCGACAACUUUAACGAGCAGAAGAAGAAAGCCGGCGGUUCCCUCGAGAUGUUCAUGACGGAAGAUCAGAAAAAGUAUUACAACGCCAUGAAGAAAAUGGGCAAUAAAAAGCCUCUGAAAGCCAUUCCUCGGCCGAGGUGGCGACUGCAGGCGAUAGUGUUUGAAAUAGUGACGGACAAAAAGUUCGAUAUGAUAAUCAUGCUGUUCAUCGGGCUGAACAUGCUCACGAUGACAUUGGACCAUUAUCAACAGAGCGACACGUUCAGCAACGUUCUAGACUAUCUCAACAUGAUAUUCAUUGUGAUAUUCACCAGCGAGUGUCUCUUGAAGAUCUUCGCUCUGCGCUACCACUACUUCAAGGAGCCGUGGAACCUCUUUGAUUUUGUUGUUGUUAUAUUGUCAAUAUUAGGUCUGGUACUCAGCGACAUCAUCGAGAAAUACUUUGUGUCGCCGACUUUGCUUCGUGUAGUGAGAGUGGCGAAGGUUGGUCGCGUACUUCGACUCGUGAAAGGUGCCAAGGGUAUCCGAACCCUUCUCUUCGCCCUGGCGAUGUCGUUGCCGGCCCUUUUCAACAUUUGCCUACUGCUGUUUUUGGUGAUGUUUAUCUUCGCGAUAUUCGGGAUGUCCUUCUUCAUGCAUGUCAAGGACAAGAGCGGAUUAGACGACGUGUACAAUUUCAAAACGUUUGGACAGUCGAUGAUACUGCUGUUCCAGAUGUCAACGUCGGCCGGUUGGGACAGUGUCCUCGAUGGUAUAAUAAACGAGGAAGAUUGCCAGGAGCCGAACAAUGAAAUCGGCUAUCCCGGCAACUGUGGGUCCUCGACGAUCGGGAUUGCUUAUCUCCUCUCAUAUCUCGUGAUCAGCUUCCUGAUCGUCAUCAAUAUGUAUAUCGCCGUGAUCCUCGAGAAUUACUCGCAGGCCACAGAGGACGUGCAGGAAGGUCUCACCGACGACGACUAUGACAUGUACUAUGAAAUUUGGCAACAGUUCGAUCCGGACGGCACGCAAUACAUCAGAUACGACCAGCUCUCAGACUUCUUAGACGUAUUGGAGCCCCCGUUGCAGAUACAUAAGCCCAAUAAAUAUAAGAUCGUGUCGAUGGAUAUUCCCAUAUGUAAGGGUGACCUUAUGUUUUGCGUGGAUAUCCUCGAUGCCCUCACUAAGGACUUUUUCGCACGGAAGGGCAAUCCAAUCGAAGAGACCGGCGAUCUGGGCGAGGUGCAGGCGCGACCCGACGAGGUCGGCUACGAGCCGGUCUCGUCCACAUUGUGGCGGCAGCGCGAGGAAUACUGCGCCCGACUCAUACAAAACGCUUGGAGGAAGCACAAGCAGCAGCGUCUUGGCGGGCCAAGCGAAGAGAGCGACGACCCGGACACCGAUCCGCGUGUCAGGCAGACCGCGGUGUUGGUCGAAAGCGACGGUUACGUCACGAAGAACGGUCAUCGCGUCGUCAUACACAGCCGAUCGCCGAGCGUCACCUCGAGAACCGCGGACGUCUGAUCGCCAUCGUCGUCGCCGCCGCCGCCGCAGCAGCAGCAACAGCAGCAAACGUCGUCGCUAUCGCCGCCGCCGCAAGAGUCGCAAUCGCCGCAGCCGCAGCCACCGCCGCCGCCGUCCGUGCGCAAACCGCUCUACCGCAGCAGCAGCCGCCGCAACAGCAGCAGCAGCAGCAGCAGCAGCAGCAGCAGCAGCAGCAGCAGCAGCAGCAGCAGCAGCACCAGCAACAGCAGCAGCAGCAGCAGCAGCAUCGUCGACGACGACGAUCACGCACCGUCAGCCGCUCGCACUGCUCGCGCGGAGUAGUGGCCGGGCGGGCCUCGCGUGCGCUCUACAUCGACAGCCUUAUAGUUAUAUAAAUACAUUUCUCCAACGAGUUGCCUUUAAUCAACAUUGAACGCCACGACCGUUGGGAGAGAGAGAGAGGGAGAGAAGGAAGGAGUAUAAGAGAAAGAGAGAGACACGUCGCUAGAUAGAUGAGCGUCCGUACACGAGAGGAGCGACUGCGCCCAAAGAUUCACGCGGUUAUGAGCGGAGAAAGUGUUGCAUUCGCGCGGACACACGCAAGUUUGGCGGCACGGCUGCAAUCGUCGCGUGGCGUCCGGAUCGAAAAGAGAGGCGCGAGAGAGGGGGAGAGAGAGAGAGAAAGAGCGAGCGCCGACGGCACGUUCGCAGACGUGCGAAGAAGGGAGACGAGGAGAACGAGAAGGAGCACGAGGGGGUCGAUGCGUCGCAACGUCCUCGACGAGCCGACUUCCCCAUAUCGAGACUCGUGGAGUGAUGUCGCGACGCGGCUAGAGAGCGUUGCGCCCCAGGUGGGCCGCGCUUGCCUCUGCUCCUCGUCGUUGAAUCGAGCGGUAGUAGUAGUAGCAGUAGCAGCAGCAGCAGCGACGACGACGACGAUGACACGAUCCGCGCGGACCGCGUUAGCGUUCUUUAGCGUUAGCCGUGCGCGCGACCGCGCGCGCGACCAGCCCGGCCGCGCGCGCCGAGGCGGCCGUGCGAGCAAUUCGGCGCGCGAUCAUACUUCUACACUAUCUUGUGAACACUUGUUAGCUCAAUCUAUCGCGAAUUCUAUCCGCCGUUUGGAUUUUUUACACCGUUUUACAGCAGUAACCCGCCUACUUGCUCCCGCGCGACGCCUCGACGCGCCGACCGGAAAGUAGUGCGGCUUUUUUCGGUAUAAGUGCUACGGAAGAGAGAGAGAGAGAGUGUGUGUGUGUGUGUGUGUGUGUGUGUGUGUGUGUGUG